UGCAGGAGACAACAUGGGUGAGGAUCUGCUAGGUAUUCCCAACAAGUGGGAUGAGAACCCGAUCUUCGUCGCGGUUGUCCAUAACCGUAAACCAGCCUUCAUCUACCUCUACGAUGCUGCAUGUAAAAAAGGAGAAGACUACUGGGACUCAUAUCGGUACUUGGUUAUUAAAAGAGGUACUGAUGGAGAUGCUGAUAGAGAUGCUGAUGCUGACGCCGAUAGAGAUACUGUGCUUCACUCGGCCAUUAGGAGAGGGCACGUAGAUUUGGCAUUCUACAUCAUCAAAAAGUGCCCACAGCUUUCGGACGAUUUCAAUGCGAAGGGAGUGAGUCCUCUUGAGCUGCUGGCCAGAACACCUUCCCUGUUUAGAAGUAGCUACAACCUUUCCUGGUGGAAACAUAUCAUAUACUUUUGUAUACAAGUUGCUGCACUGAAGUAUGAUCCCAAUCCUAAUUCUAAAACAAAUCCAGAUCGUAAAAGCUCCAACAUUGUCAGUCCGCCUGCUGCCCAUAGAAGGCAUGGGAACAUAUUCGCCAAGAUAAGGAGGGUGAAAGAGAAGUAUAUAUGGAGUCUUCAAAUAUUGGAUCAACUUUUGGAAAAUUACUUGAAUGAAGAGAACAUGAAACAUCCAAUUGACCCUGAAUCGGGUUCAGAUCAUGAUCCAUUUGAGAUGCUUGCUGCAUUUGGUGGGGGUGGUGAUCGCAGAGACAAGAUUGAGAACAUCACAAAUAAAGCCCUGUUGGCAGCAGCAGAGACAGGCGUGAUCGAGGUAGUGGAUAAGAUUCUGCGAAGAUUCCCAGGAAUCAUCCCUGAAGAUACUGUAGGUCCAACGAACAAGAAUAUACUGAUGGUGGCUGUAGAGAAUCAACAGGCAGAGAUAUUUGUGGCACUUCGACAACACUUGAAAAAAGUACCAGGGAAGCCUAACCUGUGGGACGACCUGGUUCAUGCGGUGGACGAUGAAAACAACAAUAUACUGCACAUAGCAGCAAAGUACGAUGAAUCCUGGUCUCAUGGUUGGCAAGCUUAUGGUUAUGCCAUGCAGAUGCAAUGUGAAAUCACGUGGUACGAGUAUGUGAAAUCAUUUGUGCCCUCCCACUAUCUCUUCCUUAAGAACGGAAAAGGCAAAAACCCGGAACAAAUAUUCACUAGAGACCCCAAAGAUCUGGUGGAAAAGGGCAACGCAUGGCUUAAGGACACAUCUCAAUCUUGCCCGGUGGCGGCAGCACUGGUGGCCGGAGUUUCUGCGACGUCGAAGUCCAUCCAUGGCAAAACCCCGGAACAAAUAUUCACUAGAGACCACAAAGAUCUGGUGGAAAAGGGCACCACAUGGCUUAAGGACACAUCUCAGUCUUGCUCGGUGGUGGCGGCGCUGGUGGCAGGAGUUUCGUUUGCGACGUCAAAGUCCAUCCCUGGAAGUAUCGACGCCAAAGGCAAACCAACAUUAGAAGGACAUCCCGCGUUUCAACUUUUCGCCAUCAGCGGACUCAUAGGGCUUGGAUUUUCCGUCACUGCGCUUAUCAUGUUCCUCUCCAUACUUACAUCUCGAAAACAACCCAUAGAUUUCAAAAGGAAUCUGCCAUUCAAGCUUCUUCUGGGAUUAAGCUCAUUGUUUGUGUCCAUUGCUUCCAUGUUCAUAUCUUUCUGUGCUUCACAUUUCUUCGUGGUUGAGGACAAGUUCAAGAAAGGAAUCUUCCCUCUUUAUGCCGUCACUUGUCUUCCUAUUUCAUUGUAUGCCAUCGCACAGUUUCCUCUUUACAUGAAUCUUAUGAAAGCCAUUGUUAAGGACGUUCCCCAAUCCCAAAAAUACGUCCAGUUGUGA